AUGGCCCAGACGCUGCGUUCGAAACCAUGGCAAGGGUUCGUCCUUGUGCUCGUCGGGUGCUUCCUGACGCUGAAUCUGCUCUUCGGAAACGGCCUUGAUCUCAGUGGCCAAUUUAGGGACCAAACUCCUGGCCAAUUUCGCCCAGUUUCGCCUGUUCGUGGCGAUAGAGUGACUUCAGCACCUAUCAAUUUGUUGCAGACAGCGAUGGUAUAUCGUAGCCUGUGGCAUGUGAGCGUGAGACGGCAUAGUGAUGGUGAUGAUGAGUAUUAUGAUGUUGAGGGCGGUGAUGGUGAUGCCCGAAAAAAAGGUCCUUCGAAGAUCCGAUCUCCAGAGGGCUUUCCCCGCCACGCCCCUGCAGGAGAAGACUGGAGGAUCCGCCUCGCAGGACCCCUCGAGGCUGAGGACCCGAGGGUGAUAUCGUGGGUGAAGGAGGAGCACCUGAGUCCUCCUUCACACCUGCCCUAUAAUCUCGACCUCGGGACUAAUGUCGACUUCACGAGGCUUCAGUACUGGCAGAGGGUUCACCAGGGGAUCCUGGAUGUGCUGCGGGGAAAGCGCGGCGGGUUCUUCCUGGAGGCGGGGGCGCUGGACGGCUACUACCAGUCCAACACGUUCUUCCUGGAGCGGGACUGGGGCUGGACCGGCCUCCUGGUGGAGCCCAACCCCGUGUUCUUCGAGGCGCUGCUCGCGCGCCACAGGAGGGCGUGGGCCACGGACCUCUGCCUCGGGACCAAGCCGUAUCCAGUAAAGACAGAGUUCUGGGUGCACACGGGCGCGGACCCAAAGCAGAGUCUCAUCGCGGCGUCCCGGAGCGGUCUUCUGAAGGAACACCUGGAGAACUACGAAAACGGAGGAUUGGACAGCGGCUCAGUGGUGGAGGUCAACUGCGUGCCGGCCAUCAGCAUUCUCUCCGCCCUCAACGUGACCCAGAUCGACCUGUUUUCCCUCGACAUCGAGAACGCCGAAGUGGCCGUCUUGCAGUGGUUUCCGUUCGACAGGGUGCACGUCGAGGUGCUGGUGGUGGAGCACUGGACGUCGGGAGACCCAGAGGACAGCCGGGCCUUCGUGCGUCUGGUGGAGAGCAAGGGCUUCUCCUUCUACCGGAGGGACAACCACGACUACUUCUUCCUCCACCAGCGUCCAAGAUGGGUCCUCGCGCGCCCCGGAGACGAGGGCGCUGUGGACAAUCUGGAGCCUUAUGAACCACUGGCCGAAGGGAUGUAUCCACGUGUAGCUGGAAGCGACGGCGCCACACAGCGGCCCCACCGCACAUUUCUGGGCUUCGUGGCGCGGCUUGUGUGGCCUCUCCCAUCUGCCCGUUUAUGUUACUGCAGUAGUGACACCGGCCUUGGGAUCACCAGAUCAUUACUUCGCUAUCUGUGUGACCUCUUUGCUGCCGGGUUAAAGGCCAUUAACAUUGUUCUAGUUGCUCUUUCAAAGCUUUCGUACACAGGGUUCCUUGAACAUGUGUAUCCACGUGUAGCUGGAAGCGACGGCGCCACACAGCGGCCCCACCGCACAUUUCUGGGCUUCGUGGCGCGGCUUGUGUGGCCUCUCCCAUCUGCCCGUUUAUGUUACUGCAGUAGUGACACCGGCCUUGGGAUCACCAGAAGAACUGAAAGUCAUUACUUCGCUAUCUGUGUGACCUCUUUGCUGCCGGGUUAA